UGCAUGUUGUCAAGGCACCGGGUGCGAAGGGGGCUCGCAGAGCGGUGUGUGCUACCGAGGAAGCCGGGUGCGCAGCGGCAGGAUGCGGGUGGCGAACGGGCUCUGGGCGGCGCUGGUCCUGAUUCUGCUCCCGGGCGGCAGCCGGGCCCUGCGGGAGGGGGAGUGCGAGGUGUGUGUUACAUUCCUGGGAAGGUUCUACCAGAGUCUAAAGGACAAGGAUGUUGAGUUCACACCAGCUAGUGUUGAAAAAGAACUCUUGAAAUCCUGCAAAGAAGCAAAAGGCAAAGAGAACCGACUGUGCUAUUACAUUGGAGCCACCAGUGAUGCAGCCACUAAAAUGGUUAAUGAGGUAUCAAAACCUCUGAGUCACCACAUCCCUGUGGAAAAGGUCUGUGAGAAACUGAAGAAGAAAGACAGCCAGAUCUGUGAGCUAAAAUACGACAAGCAGAUUGACCUGAGUACUGUGGAUCUGAAGAAAUUGAGAGUGAAAGAACUGAAGAAGAUCCUAGAUGACUGGGGUGAAACAUGCAAGGGCUGUGCAGAAAAAUCAGACUAUAUUCGCAAAAUCAAUGAACUGAUGCCUAAAUACGCACCAAAGGCAGCCAGUUCACGGACAGAUCUCUGACCAAUGUAGUGGCCUCUGUCAUACUAGCACCUCGUACGAACUACAUUAAUCUGUUUUGUUUCUUAUAAAGCCUUUUUUGUAACUUAUUUAACUGGGCUCCCAAGGCUGUCAGUUGGAGCUGGAGCAGUUGUGAAAUGCUCAUUCAACACCCCCAUUCUGUCAUGUCUCUAGUUUGUAUUUCUCUUGAUUCUGGUUUAGUUUAGGACAUCACAAUCUGUAUGGAAUUUUUUUAUUAAAGUAAGAAGAAAUCUCUUCUUUUUCUACAAAAUCUGGGUUGAAAGGAGUUCAGUAGAAAUCACAAAUAGGUACAGCUAUAGCUCAGCUGAACCUAGUCUACUAAAACUAGCAGCAGAGAUGUUCUGGUGCACACAUUUGAGCUGCUCUAGCCCUGUGGGCAUACACACUUCCCAGCUGCUGCAUAGCUGCAAUCAGACUUUGCUGGAGGCUGGUCACAGGGUGGGUGAGAGGUUUGGUGUGAUACAAGACCCUGCACAAGCUUCACUGUGAAUCAUACAUGCCAGUUAGGCUACAGACUGUGCCUCUUGUGCUGUGUCAGGGAAGGGCCAUGGGGAGGGGUGAGACCAGAUCCUGCAGCCUGGUCAGGCAAAUUUAUAUGCAGCUUUACCCUAGCCCUGUCUCCUGAGUCGUAGUUUGGUGAACUGGGGGAGUUCCUGGUCCAGUGCUGCGGGGGGGCAUGCGCACAGAGCAGCCGGGGCCCUGGUAGCAGGAUGCCUGGGGCGAAGCACCUCCUGCCAGGCGCGAUGGAGAUGGUCCCAUGCAGGAGCCAAGGCUACUCGCCUGAGGAACGUGCCUGGCCUCGAUCCCAUAGUGGCCUGGCACUGUUGGCUGAUCUCAAGUAGCAGGGGUCGCCCCACUCCUGCGGCAGGGGGCGCUGUGCGGGGCCGGGGCAGCGCCCGUUCUUCCCCUGCCUCGA